AUGAGUGAAGAACACGACCACCCUGGACCUGAAUAUCGACCCCGUUCGCCGGAUCUCUCAGGCUUUGAUGCCCCACUGCCUAGACUGAACCGCAUUCCAUCCUAUCACGCACCACAGGCAGAUCCGAAUUUCCCUCCUGGAUAUUCGAACUCACCUCGAGGUUCAUACGACGCUUCACCUUUCUUUUCUCCCCAAACCACCACUCCAUCCACAUCUUAUUUUGGUUUUCGGACUCAGUCAUCGUUCCCGACUCAGACAUAUUCACCUCACAAUUUCAGAACUCCUAAUCCGGCCGGUCAAGCCUCUCCAUCAAGGCCGUCUCAACCUCUCGCUGAGACAUACACGAACCCUACUUCGUCGCAUUACUCGCCGCCUCAACAUCGUCAGCCGUUCAACCCGACUUACUCUAACCCACCAACCAGCCGACAAUUUUCGGCUCCACCGUCAGGUUUGGCUCAGUCAUACGGCGACAUGCCGCAAACCCGCCCGAAAAAGGCGGCCGAGGACUUGGAUCUGGAUUACAAUCCUGCCGCACAUGAAACCACGGCUACGUCCAUAAAGGCGGAGCAAACACGACCCCUCCAAUCCCUCGUGCCCAUGGCCACUACAGACCCCUCACAUGGUAUCGAUGUGAAAACAAAGUUUCCUGUUGCCCGAAUCAAACGCAUUAUGCAAGCGGAUGAGGAUGUUGGCAAAGUUGCCCAGGCCACUCCCACGGCAGUUUCCAAGGCAUUGGAGCUCUUCAUGAUCGCCCUGGUGACAAAGGGAGCUGCAGAAGCCCGAGCAAACCACUCCAAACGAGUCACCGCCCAGCAUUUGAAGGCGGCUUUGAUGAAAGAUGGGCAAUUUGACUUUCUGACCGACAUCUGCGAAAAUGUACCUGACGAAGGAUCCAGGAAGGGGAGAGCCAAAUCCGAGGUCAAGAGUGAAGAUAGUGAAGAGGAUAUUGGUCCCAAAAAAAAGGGGAAGGGAGGCAGGAAGAGGAAAGCCACGAGCGAUGAAGACUCCGACUGA